AUGUCAACAAGAAUGGAAAAACCUCAAUUGGUUCCUACCCUAAUGGAAAAGCAUGUCAAAGGAGCAGUUAGUUCCAAACAACUUUCAGAAAUCGUACUUUGGGCACAACCGAAAUUAGAAGCAAACGACAUGAAAAAUGAACCAACCUCACCGAAUACAACAACUCCUGAAUCAAGAGUUUCUUCCAUUUUUUCAGUGAACAAUGAUGAGAAACUUGAUAGUCAUACCGAAAUUGAGACCAAUUUAACUUUUGCUUCUCAUGCACCAAUAACAUUGGAAAAAAAUAAAUCAAUACAUAACCCUGUAAAUCAUAACCAUAAACGGAAAAAGUCUAAUGGAAUACAUAGUGUAAGACAAACAACUCGACAAAUACACUACAAUAAUGAAAAGAAACCAACUUUUUUGAAAAGAUCUACAUCGAAGCUAAAAUUAACAAUUCAAAAUAUCUGGCCUAAUGAUGAUUCAAAUAAAGGUUCCAAAAAUAGAACAAAUGAUGGAAGGCAUAGGAAAACUUUACUUUCCGAUGAAAUGGACUCAAUUGAUUCAUUAUUUUCUAUAAAUGAACAAAAACUUCCAGAAUUAGAUGAUGAAAUAAUAGGGGAGAAUUUAAUGGAUGCCAAUAUGGUUUUUGAUGAUAUUUUAUCCAAUAUAGAAUCCAAAUACAUCUCAACGGCUACAGACACCAUCCCUAUCAUUUUAUCUGAAUAUAUAGUCCCAGAAACGAAUAAACAAAUUGAUACCUCAAGUAUAAGGAGUCCUAUUUCACAAGGAACUUUAAAAGUAAAGGAGAAAAAAACUAAAUGUGAUGAAUCAUUAGAUUCAGGAUUAUUAGAAGAACUUAAAGUAAUUGGGCAAUUACUUUCAAAAAUAGAUAUGAAUGAAAAACAUUUGAAAGUGAAAAGAACACCGUCUAGUUGCUCAAUUGCAACUGUGCCUCCUCCAAGAUCGACCAAACGCCCCAUGGUAGGUAAUAAGACGUUAGCUAAAGAAUUUUAUCGAAGUUUAACUAAUAGAAGUAAUAUGCGUCUUAGUGACCCUUUGAAAGUUAAAGAUAUUGUGGAUCGAUUACAGAAUGAUUGGGAAAUUAUCCAUUUAAAUAUUGCACCGUCUGAAAAGGCAACCUAUGGACAACAGGAUAGAAAUGAUAAUAACAGAAUUCAGAAAAAAGUAAGUUUCGCAAAGGAGGUUUUCCUUAAUGAUACGUGGUCUGCAAGUGAAUAUGAAAGACCAGAAGAAAAUUCUAUCAAAUCUAGAAGGGGCAUCCUUUUAAGAAUUGAAGAAGAUCCUACUUUUUUCAAUAAUAUUAAAAGAGAGUUGAAUUAUUUUAAGACUCAUGAUAUGGAAAUUCAUAAGGAAAGUAAAGGGAAUACUCAACUAUUUUAUUAA